AUGUGUACUGAGAGCGGCGAUGAGGGUCCUUCUAAUGCCGAAGCAGCCUAUACCAGCGGCGAGGCCGCAUACGAUCUUGCUGUUGCCCUGAAUUACGGCCAUUCCGCGGGUUCGCCACAGUUCCUUCGCUUCGUCACUGAGCACGUCGAGAUGAUACACGAUCCACCGUACAUCGACUGGGAGUGCACAAUCACUUCUGGGACAAGCUCUGCGAUCUAUCUUGGGCUGCACAUUCUCUGCAACCCUGGCGACAUCGUACUUGUGGAGCAAUACAUGUAUUCCGGGACCUUCGAUGCUCUGAAGUCGCAGGGCUUGAACAGAGCUGGGGUGGGGAUGGAUGUAGAGUGACUGCUGCCUGCAGACCUCAACUCCAAGUUCAAGGACUAGGAUCCGGCGAGAGGAAAGAAACCGACUGUAUCGUAUAUAACCCCAGGAGGUCACAAUCUAACUGGCAUCACUCAGCCUCUUGAACGACGGAGAGCAAUUUACGCCGUUGCCAAGUCACACGGUUUUCUGAUCAUCUACUA